AUGGCCAAGGGAUUCGGUGGCUGGAUAUAUAAGUUGUUAUCACAGGCCAUUAACAACCUCCGUUUAAAUGAUUUUGAAGAAAAGAGGGAGGAAAUAAUUACAUCACUGGAUGACGUUCUGGACGCUUUACUGGCUAUUCCUUCUGGUUCUCGAUCAUCUAGCCCUGUGACUUCACGUCGUACUAGCCCUGUUGCUCCUCAGAUGAUCAGUUCAGCCCAGGUAGAUCGAGAAGAACAACCCCCAUUCUUUAGUGAUUGGACAGAAAAGACAGACGGUCGCCAAAAGUCACAAGCUGAUAAAACUUCAUAUCCUAUAACGUCUGUUAGUAGCUAUACAGGAUCCCAGGAAUCUCCAAGUCGAAGACUGAGCGAAGUAAGUUCUCACGGAUCUGCAACGACAGACGAGAACAGGUAUUCAAGCAGCUCAGCGAUUUCUCUAGAACCUGAUUUUGAACAUUCACUCAGAGAAAAUUAUGAUGCUAAGAGCAAGGGAGGGAUAUUUAGAAGUGAAGAACGUCUGCCUUCAACACAAGAGUCGGGGCAACAAAAAGAAUCAGCGCCUUUGAAACUUCCAGAUACGAAACACUUGCGUCGUUCCUUUCCAGAAACAGCCCAUCAGACUACAUCAUCAUUAGUUUUCUCCAAAAAGGACAGUACGUUAUAUGAACCACAUCAACAACGAGGAACAAUUACGUGUAAUCGCCCAAAAUGUACCAAGACCCUUCCCAUGGAAGAAGCACGAGUCAAGUUUCGCAUGUGUCCUAACUGUUAUACUUAUUACUGCAGUAGACAUUGUCGUAAGCUUCACUGGGACCGUCAUAAAAAUCAGUGUCCUUAUACAAAAAUCAGCAACCUGUGUCAACAAGUAUUGGUUAAAGUUCGACAAGACCCUAUUUCUAGACGCAAUCUGUCUGUGUGUGCAAGACGAGGGUAUUUGUCCCGAGGACGAGGAGCUGUCAAAUUAGUAUUUUACAACACUGAAGACGCUUUAGACUUCAUGUGUAAAGGCUGGAACUCUAUUCGUGGCCAGAACUUUUAUGUACCUCGAAAUGAUCUUAUGCCUCAAGAGAUGGGAGCGGAUAUGUACACUUAUAUCCGCAACCUGUGUGACCGCUACAAUCCAGGAAAGAAGUUCGUUCUCUUGGCAGCUGUACGUGUAACUCAAGAGAUAUCGAGUGUGGCUGGUGCCUUAGUAGAGCGAGAAAUAAUAAUACGAGGAACAAAGAUGCGGCUAACCCCUCCCUUACCAGAAGAUGAUGUCCAAACGGUUAUACUAACAUUAGCUAAAAACCCUGGAUCUGACGUAGCGGAACGACACCAGCAAUGUUUGGCAAUGGAAAACCAUCUUCAAGAAAGAGGAAUUAGCAUUGCCACAGAAUUUCCAGACAUGUAUGCAAAAAUAAAAAAGUUCGUAAAAGGUGGUGAACCAUUUGUCCCCUUAAGUGUGUUCCUCACUGAUCGAAGAACAGCAAAGAUGUUUAUGUGUAUAAUUCUACCUUGGGCUGAUGCUGAAAUCAUCCAGAAUAUUUCAGCCAAGGCAGCUGUUACGAAGUCCAAGCGACUUUGGAUGCUCUAACUCUUAACUAAUCCACCUUAUCUUAAGUAAUGUGUCAAUGUCUAUCAAAGUCUUCCUUUGUAGCUGUAUUUAUAAUUCCAAGAUUAACAACGGUGCAUUCUAAGCAAAUAUAGGCAUUGUUGUCUUAAUAUGCAUGAAUGUAAAUAAAACUUCAUAUUUUAUGUCAAAUCUGCAAACUCUUACACGCGUAAAAAGCGUUUAGAAAUGUAUGCUCCAAAUGUGCAGUUCUGAGUAUUACGAACUCAACUUCAAUUUCCAGUGAAUUGAUAUUUGUUUGUAUUUGUGUACAUUUUUGGUAAAGAUGAGUUUUAACCGUGCCAUUUCAUUGAAUGCACAUACUGAUGUAACGUAAGCCUAAAAUCAAUGAAAAUACUUAAAAUUUAACUAGUGUUGGAAUAAACAGACUUUGAAAACCUAACUUAAUACUUUACAUUUUUAAUGGUUAAAUUCUAUUGUAAACUCUCAAAGAUUUCAUGAUACGUAUUUUCAGCUAUUGACUUCCAACCAUCACUUAGGAAUAAACUUAUUCCUAAACUAAAGUCGUAUCUUAUUACAAGACUUACAUGUUAUUUGAAUUCAGUUGUUUACCAGAUUCUUUAAGAUAUAUUUUUCUGAAAUUGGAACUUAGGAUUUCUUCUAAUUGGUUUAGUUGAUAUACGGCUAAUGCAUAACAAAAUUUAAGUUGCCUGACUUUUGUACAUCACGUAUAAUUUCUAGAAUAAAUCUUAAUCCAUAAAUUUAUGUUUGGACAAAUAUAGGACAAAUUACCAUUUUAAAAUAUUUAUUAGCUAUGAAAUAUUAAAUAAGUUGUAAAACAAUUAAUCUUUGACUUGCAAACUCGCAAGAACAAUUAAAUCACUUAAAGCAUUCAAUUGUAAAAGAGUAAUUAUAUUUUAAAUUGAUGCAAUCCGGUCUUCAUUGAGAUUUAAUAUUAGCCGACAAACUGUUCAAAUGUCAUUAAAUAAUGAUAUUUACACCUUACACAUAAGAGUAUGCAAAUUAAUGAAAUCUAGUCAAGUGUGUAAAUUUUGUAAUUGUAAAUCGUGGUAUGUGUACCGUAGGAUAGAUCGGGCAACAAUAAUUGAGCCUGAAGUUACAUUUCAGUUAUAUUAAAUAUGUUAUUUGGUAGUGGAUCGGCGUCGAAAAUGAUAACUUUGAAAACUAGAAAACGUAGUUACAUUAGAAGUUGAAUAUAUGUAUCAAUGCCUUAUUUG